GCGGACACGUCACGCGCCGGGCCGCCGCUAAGCGCGACUCACUUUUUUUUAUGGAUCUAUUUGUCUUUGUAUAAAAACGUCAACAGUUCCCGGUUUAUCCCACUGGAUGGAUUUAUUCAUUGCUAACCGGGUUACCUCACUGUAAAAUGGAGGAUAGUUUUGAUUGUGACUGUGGUGAGCUUGAGCCACCUGAUCAUUGAGGGGAGCAGUACUGUGCUAGGGACAGCUGAGACUCUAGAACCUUGACCACGUGGUCAAAACAGGAAGGAAAAGUGGAGAAAAUAAACAAACAAAUUCCAGUACUGCUAAUGGGCAGUGUAGAAUGAAACGGCCUGAGAUCAGUCACACACUGAAUGUACCUGCACUGUGAAGAUGGUAUCCAACAUUUUUAUAGCGUGUCAUAUAUUAAGAUCUAUUUAAACUGGCCUCAAAGUUCCUCCCACUGUAGUCUUUUCAACGUUCAUUUGUGUUAAGAUUUGGAAAGGAAUCCGUUCUAAAAACUUCAUAUAGUUUAUAUAAGAAAUGACAGAAUAUCCUGGCCACAUAUUGGAGUGUUUUCUGAGACUGCAUCGGGGGAAACUGUGAGAGCCAGACUAGCAGAAAAAAGAUUGUGUCACCCUCAAGAAAUUAAUCCCCUCUUGCCAGUGUUACUGGAGGGGGAAAAAAUUACAAUUCAAGUGCGUUGGGUCUCCCGAAAAACAACAAAAACACCACAACCUCAAGAAAAUGGCUGAGAAGUUUGAAAGUCUCAUGAACAUUCAUGGCUUUGAUCUGGGCCCUCGUUACAUGGACAUGAAGCCCAUGGGCUAUGGCGGCAGUGGCCUGGUGUUCUCGGCGGUGGACAACGACUGUGACAAGCGUGUGGCAGUGAAGAAGAUUGUGCUCACCGAUCCCCAGAGCGUAAAGCACGCACUGCGCGAAAUAAAGAUCAUCCGUCGCUUAGACCAUGACAAUAUUGUGCGGGUUUUUGAGACACUGGGCCCUGGCGGGCGGCAGCUAGUUGAGGACGUGGGCUCCCUGACGGAGGUCAGCUCAGUGUACAUUGUACAGGAGUACAUGGAGACGGACCUGUGCCGGCUGUUGGAGCGAGGGCAGCUCUCUGAGGACCACGCCCGCCUCUUCAUGUACCAGCUGCUGCGUGGCCUGAAGUACAUCCACUCCGCUAACGUGCUACACCGUGACCUCAAGCCCGCCAACCUCUUCGUCAACACCGAGAACCUGGUGCUUAAGAUCGGGGACUUUGGCCUGGCACGUGUCCUGGACCCACACUACUCGCACAAGGGCCAUCUCUCCGAAGGACUCGUCACCAAGUGGUACCGGUCUCCCCGCCUCCUCCUCUCCCCAAAUAACUACACCAAAGCCAUCGACAUGUGGGCGGCUGGCUGCAUCUUCGCUGAGAUGUUAACAGGGAAAACCCUCUUUGCAGGUGCCCACGAGCUGGAACAGAUGCAGCUGAUCUUGGAAUCCAUCCCUGUGAUCCACGAGGAGGACCGACAGGAGCUGCAGAGCAUCAUUCCUGUGUUUGUCAGGAAGGACAUGUCCGAGCCCCAGGCUCCUCUAGCAAAGCUGCUCCCGGGGGUCAGCAGAGAGGCCCUUGAUUUCCUGGAAAAAAUCCUGACUUUCAACCCCAUGGACCGCCUGACAGCAGAAGAAGCCUUAGCUCACCCCUACAUGAAUGACUAUUCUUUUCCCCUGGAUGAGCCCAUCUCGAGUAACCCCUUCCAUAUCGAAGAUGAAGUGGAUGACAUCCUGCUGAUGGAUGAGAGCCACAGCCAGGUUUACAACUGGGACAGAUACCAUGAGAGCCAGUUAUCAGAUCAAGAUUGGCAUCUGCACAGCACCCACGAGGCAGAGGAAGUCCAGCGAGACCCCCGGGCCAUGUCUGAUGUAAUGACCGAAGAAGAGGUGCAGGUGGACCCCCGCAAGUACUUGGACGGAGAUUGCAUAAAGUUCAUGGACGAUCAGGCCUUUGUCUCUCGCUUCCCCUCUGAACGCUCCUGGCACUAUGAAGACCACCAUGAGAACAAGUACUGUGACCUGGAGUGUAGCCACACUUGUAACUACAAGGCGGUCUCCUCACCAUACCUGGAUAAUCUGGUGUGGCAUGAGAGUGAAGUCAACCACUAUUAUGAGCCCAAGCUCAUCAUCAACCUCUCCAACUGGAAGGAGCAGAGCAAAGACAAGACGGACAAGAAGGGCAAGUCCAAGUGUGAGAAAAACGGGCUGGUCAAGGCACAGAUCGCUUUGCAGGAGGCCUCCCAAGACCCAACCGAGAAAGACAAGGAGCAGGAAAAGCACCAGGGCUUCGAUUUUGAUUCCUUCAUAGCCGGCACCAUCCAGCUCAGCCUACCGCCAGAGCCAAGCCUGGAAGUGGGAUUUCUCAAUGAGCUGAAUAGCUCAGUGUCCCAGCUGGAGCUCCGAAGCUCCAUGUCGAAAUCUGUUAGUCAGGAGAAGGAAGAGAAGUGUCUGGUGAACCUUGCUCAGCAGGAGGGACGCACACCCAGCCCUUGGGAGACGGAGCCGGAAGAGAAUGGAUGGAUCCAAACGGCACACUGGGAAUCCAGCAAUGAUGAAAAGGAGACCACCUACACAAGCUACCUGGAUCGGCUCUUCUGUAAGAAAGAAGAGGUGGUAGAAGCUCUAGAGCCAGAGGUCUUGGAGAUGAAGGAGGUGGAUGAGGGCUUUCUCCCCAGAAAUGGUGAGAUCAUGUUCAAUGUACAGCUGGAGUCCUUGGCCCUGCCUGGAUUUGAAGGCCCUGCUGAUUCAUCCCUCAAGUCCAUACAGGCCACACUGACACCACCAACUGUCAGGUGCUCCCCUCAGAUUGCCCACAAAACAUACAGCAGCAUUUUGAAACAUCUAAAUUAAAGAUCAGUCACACUGCAAAGAAUUAUUUUUCAUUGUAGUAUUCAUAUUAUUUUGUAUGACUCAUCUCAUUUUUAUGUAUGGUUACUUUUAGUAUUUUUUUAAAUAUAACACGGAGUUUAAACACUUGUGACGAGCGUCAUUAGACACUCUGAAAAGUUACGGGGAUUUACAGGCUCACCCGUGUUUGAAAGCUGGUGUAUCAUUUGAACACAGUGUACUGUAGACUAAGGCUGCUCAUCACUGGGAUGUAGUUUGCAGUGUCUGUCAGGCUAUGGUAGUUACCGAGACACUGAACCAACCUGCUUCAUCCAGUUGCUGUCCAGUCAGUCUGUUUCGGGCACUUUCUCCAGCUGUGAAAGCUUUAUGGAGUUUUCUGGAUUGCUGUAACCGAGAGUUGAGUAACUUUGCUGUAGAAUUGCAAAUCUCGAGAGAGGAAAGAUCAGUCAUGAAAAAAAUGCACUAAAAUUUAUGGGAGAACUUUUCACUGACACCUCAACACAGAUUUCAGCUUUUCCCCCCUCUUUUCUUUUCAAACCAACUUGAAGAUUAAUAAAUUCCCCCCAAAGGUUGAUAUCUAUUACAAUACUGUACCAAGUGUGUUGCCACAUCAGCAACUGAUAAAUGUAGGACUUUGUAAACAUGUUAUCUACCUCAGGGUAACAGUGAAAUGUUGAAAACUACACUAGUGCUUUACACACAUUUGCCCCUGACAAUAUAGUGCAAAUUCUGCUUUUUUUCCCUCCAUUUGCCAUAGUGAAGUGUUAUCAUCAUGGUUUAUUUAUUUUCAAUUUAAGAAAGAGUUGUAUUUAUUUUUAAGGACAUUUUUGUUUGAAGCAGGCAAAUAUCCAUACUCAUUGGUCUCUGUGCUAUGGCGAUGUGAAGUCAUUACAAUCAAAUGCAAAUGACUUGUUAGCUUUAUUUAUCACAGCCUGUUUCCUUAUGGAAAGCUUUUAUGUAUAGGUGCAUUUCAUUCAGAGGGGAAAAUGCUUUAUGGGAUUGAAAAUGGACCUACUAGUCUUAUUUUUAUUUUUUUUACAUAAUGUACUGUUCAUUUGGUAAGACGAAACUAAUGAAAGGUACAACACAUUAGGACUUAAGCGAAAUGCUAAUUUUACAUUCAUUUUAAUUGUUUUUAUUUUUCUUUAAACAAGCAUGAUUGAAUUAGGUUUAAGUGUAGUAAGUAGAAAAUAGAACUUGUUUUGCCUAUUAAUAAAUACUGGUACGUUUUCCCCGUUUGUUCCCCUGUUCUAAAGCAAAGUUGAAAUUAAAAUGGCGAGUAAAAAUAAAA